CUUUUGUAAGCCAAGGAGAUCUAGAUUUAUUUUUCUUGGAGCAAGACACUGUUUAUUAUAUAAGGAGUCAAAAAUUUCUAAAAAGGAGUUAUAUGCUUUCUCCACGUCUCUAUAACUCGAACUCCAAUCCUGUAAUGACAAGCUAUUAUUGAAAGCAUUAAUAGUUUCCUCCGUUUUUAUUCUGUUGUAGGUGACCAUGUCAGGUUCUUUGUCUUUCUUUACUUCACACACCCAGUAAUGAUAAAAAUAGGCAAAUGGUCUGUAAUAUCAGAUAUGAAGAGACCACUGAUUACAUCAUCUGCCAUAUCAUUAGUAAAGAUAUUAUCAAUAAUUUUGGUGCCACGUGUUAUUCUACAGGAUAAAAUGACAUGCUAUACAUUAAUGAAAGCAUCAGUUGUUUUAAGUUUAGUUGGGUUCAACAAAUGAAUACUGAAGUCACCACAUAUGCAUGUUGGUUUUUUGUUCACUGUAGAAAAAAUAUUCUCCAUCCUUUCUUGAAAGAUGUCCGUAUUCGAACCGGGUGGCCUAUAUAUACAACUUACAAUAAUGUUUUCUUUCUUUUCAUUAAAUAUUUCUACCAUCAAACAUUCCAUUAUGUCAUCCUAAGCUAAUGACGUGCUUUUUCACUAUAAACUGUGCUGUUUUAUGGAUACAUAGCACAACCCCACCUUCUGUUAUAUUUUUCCUGUUUACAUAUUCAAGAUUAGAAUCAUUUUUGUGGAAAUUCACUCCCUUAUACUUAUUGAACCAAGUUUCAGAGAUGGCAAUUACACUAAAAGGGUGAACAUAAUGUUGCAGGUAUUCAUUUAUAGAAUUAAAAUUUAUAUACAUGCUUCUGCUAUUAAAGUGUAUGAUUGCGCACGCGCCUAUGGCACGCACGCACGCACGCACGCACGCACACACACACACACCCAUGCAAUCCCUUCUUUCAAACACAGGAGGGCAACAGUGAAAAGAAAAACCUCCAGCAGAACCAGAACCAGGCUCAUAAUGUGGUGGCUUUCGGCCUCAGCAUCACUAAAAACACCACGUCUGAACAGAUCAGCUCAUUUUUCAUAAACCAACUGCAGUACAUUAGUGGAUAAUUUUCAUAAUUUAACAAAUAUACAAAGAUGAAAUUAAAACCAUUUGCUUUGUUAGUUUCAAUGACAAACUUUUAAAAUUGUGCAUGACAGAAACACAAGUGUGCCAUCUGGUGGUACAGUUCCAAAUAACACAAAAUAGUCUGCAGCAGGCUUUCAUAUCCUUGUUUUGUCUUCCUGCUGUAUCAUCCUACCAUUAUUCAUAUUACACAGUUAUUUUGCCUGCCAGUGAGCUUCCUGUUUCUGCUCACCUGCAUUUGGGUCCUAUUGUAACGACUCCCACUUCCUGACAGAAGGAUCUGACAUAUUGGACCCAGUGGGGAGCUCCUGCCAGCCUUCAGGUGGAACUCAUUUGUUUUCCAUGGUAGUAGCAAGACCAAUGAGAUUUUGAGGAGGGGUGGUUCCAACGCACCCUAGCUGUUCCCGGGUGAUCUGACACUUUCCGAUGAGCACCUGUUGGUCUCUUAGGUACCUGUUGAGUAACCUCUGCUGAUCGCUGUGGUCCACGCUCCGCUCCAGCUGUCUCCAGUGGCUCCGUUUUUGAGAUCCAGACAUCCUCGGAGUGUUGAGCUGGCCUCCCCUGUCCUGGCUCUAGCCGGUUCUGCCUAGCAAGAGGCUCCAGCUUGUUGCCCUGUCUUGCAAACCCUGCUGUGACGUCUCUGGGUUACCGUCCACCCCCUGUGAAGCCCCACUGUCCUGGGUUUUCCUGACCCACCCCUUUUCCUGUUGGUUCAUGUUUUGGGUGUCGGGAGCUAGGGGGGGUAGGAGGUGUCUGUCAGGAUAUGCUCCUUCUCCCUCUGACGUGUUGCCCAGUCUCUCCUCCUUGUUUAUUGGAUACACCUGCCCCUUGUUAUCCUAGCCACCUGAUUCCUGAUUACCCUCAUGAAUUUUACCCUCUGUUGGUGCUUGUCUUUGUCAGAUCCUCGUCUUGUCUUCCCACCUACCAUUAUUCAUAUUGAAUAGCUCUUUUGCCUCCCGUUCCUGCUCACCUGCAUUUGGGUCCUUUUGCAACCAACUCCACUUUGUGACAGGGAGAGAACAAAAAAUACUAAAAGUAACUGAUAGAAUUCUAGAAAAAUGAGUAUCAAACUACGUUUUAUUCAUUACACCCACUAUAUCUCAUGCUCUUUAGGUUCAGUUUGGUAAAAGUUUGAGUUAAUCAACAUUUUCAAAUCCUGUAGAACAGAACAUUUACAUUUAUAAAAGCCCCUCAAACAAAAGGGCUGAAGAUGCAACAAUAGUCUGUGUCCUGCAUCUGUCACAGUCUGCAAUCUAAAAGACAAUCAGGCUGAGAGGAUAAAUAGAGCCUGACACAUUUGGCUUGUAAACAGGUUUAAAUGCUGCUUCAUUCUUAAGAAAACAGACGCCAGGUGUACAAAGCACUCUUUUGCUGUGAGAAGGAGGAAAUAACCUGAAUACCUUGAAUAGAUCUGUCUCCUUUAAAGGUGUGGGUGGAGCACAGAGAGCAGAGUUUGGUUUCAGCACCGCCCACAUUCUCACAAGCAUUUCAGCUCAGAGUUCAGAGAGCUGCAGCCUGUGAGCUAUUUAGUGUAAAAUCCCGUUUACUUCAAGCUGACAUGAAGUUAGUUGCCAUCAAUGAAGAGCCACGACACGACGCACCGAUGGGAAACUCUUUCUGCUUGUUCACACCUCUCUCUAAGGUCGAUGACCUCUGAGAAGGACUCGGUCCAGCUGAACUCCUCUUGGUCAGUGAGAGUGAAACUUCAUGAAUCGGAUGAACUUUUCCAUCAAGUGAGGAGAUGGUAAAAGUGUGCAGACUCUAUGUAGGAAUAUUGGCAGCCAAACCAAGAUUGAAGGUGCUUUUCUGCAGACUGACUGACUAAUGAUUGAUGGAAGAGCCAAAACACAAGCAGAACAUUGUCUGAUUACUGCUCUGGCCUUGUGUAAAUACUGCCUGGCUGAAUGGAAUACCACUCACAAGUCUGCCAAUCAGACUGUGUCCAACUGUAAUCUCCAUGGUGACAGAGACAAUUGCACAGAAACCGACCCGUGGAAUGAACACUUCUCAAAAUGUCCUGAAGAGCUGAUGUAUUACUGCAUCCAUGGAGAGUGUCGUUACAUUAAGGAGCAGAACGCCCCAUCCUGCAGGUGUCAGAGUCAAUAUAUGGGUGCAAGGUGCGAAUACGUAAGUUUGGACUGGCAAAUAGGAGAGCGACAACGAAUCAUCAUAGGCAGCGUCGUCGCAGGCCUCAUUGUCUUGAUGGCUCUCAUUGUUUCUGUGUGCAUCUAUUCACAUCGUAGGAGAGGGUUAUGCUGGGGAAGGAGACGUCAGAGAGAGGAGCCCAGGAACGGGACAGAGAAGAUCGGUAUGAUGGACACCAGUACGAGACACACAGACUCAGUGUGAGUUCACUGCAAGCACAUGAGAACUCACAGGUCUGGGAAUGAUGUAAACAUGUUGGUGGAGUCGCAGGCCUGAGUCCCACACUGACAGCAGCGACCUACACACAGAAGGGACGCCCAAGAGGAAGAAGCUUUCACCAUGAAACGUCUGUCUCUCCUCCUUUAAUGGAAGCUUCAGAUUCACAAAACUCCAGGCAUUCACAAAAAGUAUGCUCUCCUGAAUUGAUCAGUUAAAUGUAGAGCUUUUUGCAUGCUGGCAAGAAGUUUUUUUUUCUCCCAAUGUGUUGUGGAGUAACAAACAUGGCAUGUCACUGAGUGGUACUGAUUACACAGCACUAAAUAAAUUGUUGCUAUGUUGGAAAAAGACGCCAGCUGGCAGCUGGUGAUAACGGUCAAUCAGGCUGGCUUGGAAAGAGGAAAUUAGAGGAAAGGGAGCAUGAGAAGAAGCUGUACGCCAUGUUAAGGAAAUCUCCAUAGAAUCAUACAACCUUACAUGUGAAGCUGCAGCUGUUGUGUGUGUUUAGAGCUUUUUGUAUAUUUCUUCUUUGUUUUUUGUUUUUUUUUUGUUUCACAGUGUUUUGUUUUCUGCUCCACCAAAUCAACAGUUACUGACACCAAUAGAGUCAUGUCUACAUGAAGUAAUAGUUUGGAAUAUUUGAAGUGUAAGACGGAUUAUGAAAGAUUAGUUUAUCUGUAGAUGUCUCCUUAAAUGGCCUCGGAUAAGUCCUGACUGAACCAAUGGCUAGUCCAACAAGCUAAUGGCUAGUCCAACAAGCUAAUGGCUAUUCUGAACCAAAACAUGUUUCUUCUGCUUUAAAACUAUGAGGCACUGUUUUUAAAAUGACACAUUAAAUAAUUUAUUUGCCCACA